AUGCUUAUAGCAAAAUAUUCUGUAUGCAAAACUAAAGCAGAAUUACAAGCAUGUGAAGUCUGUGAAGAAGCAAAAUGUGUCAAAUGUGCACAACAACAUCUUACAGAAUUAAAAAGUAAAUGGAAAGCAAUUGAAUCUAAAGUAAAUGACAUCACAUCAACGAAAAAUAAAAAGCAACUGUUGCUUGUAUCUAUUCAACAAACAGUAGAAAAUCAACUAUCUAUUCUUGAACAAGUAUAUAAUAGGAUAUUAGAAAAAUUAAAACAAGAAUAUGAAGAAUAUCACAAACAAUUAUCAACAUCGAAAAUUCAAUAUAACAACAAGUUAGCUGAACUUGAUAAACGAUAUAAUGAACUUCAAAACAAUGAAUUAUUUCAAAAAUGGAUAACAAUAACUGAUGAGUCAGUAUAUUAUAUAACGAAAUAA